UUAAUAGACAUUGCAAUUUCAAUAAUAAGAUGACCUGCUUAUAAAUUCUACUAUAAUAAAAAUUAUUUCUGAAGAUAAUUACUUGUAUAUGUUAAUAGGUUCAUUUCAGUUUAUUUAUAUCAUUAUAUAUUGCAUUAUAUUUUAAUGACGCUUUAUUAAUAAUAAAUUUUAAAUAUAUCAUUAGCGAAAUUAUAUCCCUUCUAUAAUUUAACGAGAAGAAAUUUUAACUAUCAAAUAUAAAAUGUUUUACAAACUAUUUUUGUCAAGUUCUGAAAAGGAUGUUUCUGAGAAAUACUUUUCAUGAAUUAGAAUAAAAAUAAAAUCUAAAUUAUGUAAUUAAAAAAUAUUCAUACUGUAACUCUAAAUAAUUUUGUCACAAUGUGCUGAAUAUAUAAUACUAUUGCUACUUAUUACAUAACAAAUUUAUGCGCGCGACAUACUUGUAUUUUUGAGAUAAGAAUUGCAUCUCACAGCAUCGUAAGUCUUCUGGUAUUCAUAAACGAUAUAUAGUACAACAACGAUAUGCAAUCGUACACAACAGCAUGUAUUUUUUCGCCACCAAUAGGCGGCGAGCAUUAUAACUUAUCUUCGCGAUAAUUGUGUAAGCUAUAAACGAUGAUUGUCAAGUACUUUUAGCGUGCAGUACUUGUUUUUCGACUUACUUGCAUUUUGCUCUUUAAAUCUGCAUAUCGAAGACAUCGCAUGAGCAUGGCGACAAAAAGAUCCAUUAUAACUACAACGUGGGGUUCUGUGGAUGGUCAAGAGAUCAAGAAAUUCACGUUGAGGAACGAAGCUUGUCAAGAGGUCGAUGUCAUAACGUACGGUGCGGCGGUGACUGCUAUUAGGACGCCAGAUAAAGAAGGAAAUGUAGAAGACGUUGUGCUUGGCUUUGACAACAUCGAAGGAUAUCUGUCACCGAGUAACCCGUAUUUCGGUGCCACCCUUGGACGAGUCGGAAAUCGCAUCGGCAACGCAACCUUCGUCUUGGAUGGCGUACGUUAUAAUGUAUCAAAGAAUAUUGGUGAAGACAGCCUCCACGGCGGUUUACGCGGUUGGAGCUUCAAGGUAUGGAACGCAACGAUCGAUGACGAUCAUGUGGUGAUGACCCUGGUCAGUCCGGACGGCGACGAGGGCUAUCCGGGAUCAGUAACGGCGACGACCAGCUUUGAAUUGAGCGACGACGGAGAGCUGUGCAUAGAGAUGACGGCCGAGACCCUAAAGGCAACGCCGAUUAACAUGGCGAAUCACGGAUACUUCAAUCUCGCUGGUCACGCUACAAAUGCAGAAGAGCUGUAUAAACAUGUGUUCACAUUGAACGCCGAUCGUUGGACUGUCACCGACUCCGGGAGCAUUCCUACCGGCGAGAUUCGGUCGGUUGAGAACAGCAUAAUGGACCUCAGAAACCCGACGACACUAGGUGAUGUCAUCGACAAUGUACCAGGUGGCGGUUACGACUAUAACUUCUGCCUGCCGGAGCCGUACGAUUCCAAGAUAAUCAGUUUCGUCGCCAAAGUUUUGCAUCCAGUUUCGGGACGUUACUUAGAAGUGUACGCGAAUCAACCGGGUGUGCAACUUUAUACAUCCAACUCUAUUCCGGAGAGAAACGAAACUGGUAUUAUGGGCAAGAACGGAGCGCAAUACUUCAAACACGCCGCUUUCUGUUUGGAAACGCAAAAUUAUCCCGAUGCCGUAAAUCACGAAAACUUUCCAAACAGCGUAAUAAGACCGGGCGAUAUAUAUAAUCACAUUGUCGUAUACAAAUUUGGAGUAGAAAAUUAAAUCAUUUCUAUCUUCUUCCAUGAACUUUUUCAAAAAUUGAAUAUAUGAAACAAUAGGAAAUUAUGUAUCAUUGAUGUUCUGUAAUCAUGAUUGCGUAAAAAAAGACAAACGUCUAUAUAUAUUUUUAAACUUAACAAUUACAAUAUAAACUAAGCAAUUUAUUCAGACUUGAUCUGUAAGUGGUAAUUACUAUCUCCCAUAGUGAUGGAGAACACAUCUAACUAGACAAUGAUGGCGAAAGAUUAACUUCCAAAGGAUUGUGUUUCUUUUUAGCAGUCGAGGAAUCUAUAUUUUCUAGUAAUCUCUCCUGCCGUUGUUGCGUGAUGGGUUUUGUAGGUGGAGUGUAACGAUCGGAUAUCCAGCUUUCCAUAUUGUAUCCAACAAAUCCAAUAAUAACCACGACAGGAAAAGUUAGGUAUUUACCGAACUGGCCCAUGGACCUUACUAACAAUGGCCACAUUUUUUUAAGAGGGUA